AUGUCGCUGGGGCGCAUCCUCUGCCUACUGGCGCUCGCCCAGAAGAUCCACAGCCGACUGAUCAAGUCCAUGGAAGUCUACUGGACCGUGCCCGAUCAGCCUUUGCAGCUGAUGCGCUGCGGCGGUUGGAGCUGUGCACAGGACAUGGUUGUAUCCGAAGAUGGACUGUUUCUCAUCACCAGCCAUGACAAGGAAGUCUGCUUUUGGGAGAUGCCCUCGUGCAGCGUGGACUACGUUGAGGCCCACUGUGAAGAGACAAAGAUGAUCGUCUGCAGAACGAUGCCGAGCUCUUCCUCUGCCCUGGCAUUGGUGCGCGACUUCGCAUUGGCCGUCGCAGUCAAGAACGAGGUAUACUUCUGGCAGCUCCAUCCGCUACAGCUGAAGAUUGGCACGACACCUCGGCUGUUGACCCAUGAUGCAGACGUUUUGCUUCUGGCAAACGAUGGCCAUCAGCUGCUUACAGGAUGCGCCAACAGCGUGUUGACCAUGUACUGGCUGUAUGCAGACGAAAAUUCGGAGGCGACGAUCUCCUGGCGUCUCCACGUCACAGACGAUCAAGGAGAGCCCCAGCGACUGACGGCUCUCGCCUUGCAGCGAGGAGGUACCCGGUGGCUGGCAGUGGGCGCCGAUCCACCCCACAGCUCUCCAACCAGCCGCCUGAUGAUUUGGAAGUUGAGCUCGUUCUCGCCGCCGUCUCUGCAGCCGCAGUACACGGCGACGCACAUCUCAAGUGUGCUUAGCAUCGCCUUCCACCCGUCGCUGCCUUGGAUCUACACCGGAACAAGGCAGGGGCGGCUGACCACCUGGCACUACACUUCACAAGAUGGUCACCCCAUGCAGCAGAGGGGCGUGGACUACUCUGUCACUCACCUACAGUUCUCGGCCUCUGGAGGCUUCCUCUUGAGUGGUGGGAACACGGGCAUCGCCGAGCUCUGGGAUGGUGACCAGCAAGCAGCGACCACGUUCAAGUAUGCAGGCAGCAUCCGGGGCUGGACCUUCUCAGCAGAUGAAGCCUUCGUGUUGGCGAACUUGGCGAACAGUGCGGAGGAAGCAAGCUUGCAGACUUCUCCGGGGCUGCAGGGGGCCGCAGACGUCAUUCUGGCUUUUCCUCUUGACCUGCGUUUCCCGCGAAGCGGCUUUCAACUUGGUCUUCACAGAGUCGUCGGUGGACCGCUGGUGGCCUCACCAAAUGGUUUCUUUUUGCUUGAUGCCCACUACGAAAGUCCCCACAUGCUCUCAUUAUGGGAUGUCCGCGGGCGUAUGACAGUGCCCGUGACGGAUGCGCAUACGAACAUCUCUCUGGUCGACUUGGUGCAUUUUCGUGGCACGGACUCUGUCCUCGUAGGUGGAAACACAGAGCUGGCAGCAGACUCGCCCAAAGCCGUCAUUCAGCAGUGGCGCAUGCCGUGGAAGCUUGCAGUUUACCAAGGCUCCUGGUGGUAUAAUCUGCGAGAGCGGCAGAUGCAGCUGGAAGGUGUCUACCACCUGGAAGAAUGCAAGCUGUCUUCUCUAGCGAUCGCGGAGGCUUUCCAACAGUUUGCGGCCGGCUGCGAAGGCUCCACCAUCCGCUUCGUGGAGAAGGAGGACUUCGCUGGAAAGGUGGUGCGCAUCAUCUCCUUGCCAUCUGGGCAAGUUGCGACGGCGCUGGCCUUUCAUGACAAGACUCUCUUCGUUGGGACGCAGAUGGGCGCCGUGUGCUCACAUAGCCUGGAGGAGGACUCCAUGCGGUCGGACAUUCAGGCCGUGCGUUGCCAAUUCCCCGGUGGUCGAAUCAAUGUCCUUCGGGCCAUGCCCAGUGCUUCGGAGGUCUUCAGUGGUGGCGACAAUGGCAGGAUCUGCAAAUCUCAAUUUCUGGGACACGAGCCCGGGAACAUCACCUGCGUUGAUGUCCCAGGCAUGGAACCUCGCGGCGUGCUGAGCCUGCAGCUCUACCGGAACUCUACAAAGCUGGCUUCCAGCUCCAUCAACGGCGCCCUUGCUGUGUGGGACUUGACGCUUCCUGCGGAGUUGCAGCUGAAGCCACUGGAGUGGUUUCAGAGCCUGGACUACUACAUGACCAUGACCAUCUCUCCUGACGGAGCCUUCUUCUACACAACCGGCACGCUGGGAGGCAUUUCAGCCCGCUAUGUCGACUCGGUGCCCGCGGCAGUCAGACGCUUGAAGUCAUCGCCUCUCUGCAGAUCGAACAUCUGCACCACAUCGUCAGUCACUCUGCAAAACCGCGACCCGGUUGAUUUUCCUGCUUAUUUGGAAGUCACACCACUGCGAUACCUCAACUGCCACUCUGGAGAGAUCGUGUCCAUGCCGACCAAGCCCCCAGUCAGUAUGCGGCUCGUCAAUCUGAGCAAUGCCGUUGUGCACUACUGGCUAUCCAUGGGAGAGAGCUGGUAUUCGACCCCGACAGUCGUGGACUUGAGGGACACAGAUGUGGUGGGCAUACCGAUCUUGCACGGCGAGGCUGUCCGCCUCGUCACCGACAGGAAUUGCAUCGAUGCGGCAAAAGAGAAGGCUUCGAAAAUCUUCUCGAAGUUGGACUACUGCAUCCUGAGAAGUCCGCAGCAGGGCCAGCUCUGUGCCAGCCACUUUGUCUCCCACGACAUGUCACGUGAGGCCUUAUCUGCUAAUGUGGAGGGCGCCAGCCUUCCGCGCAUGACAGAGAUUUGGAUCGACCAUGACGAUUUUCCAGCUUGGCUUUGCGACUGUCCGGCCGGCAGGUACGGCCCGAACGGAACGGACUGCCAGCUAUGCAAAGACAACCAUUACUGCCCUGCGGCUGGAGAUGGGGACGUUGUGGGACCCUGA